UGCAUUGCUUAAAGCAGUCAUUGCUUCAAAUAUUGCUGGGGGCUUUGGAGCUACUGGGAUUCACGCCUACAAUCUCCAACAUGUUUUGAAGAGACUUCAAAAACAGCCUUUUACACCACCCGAACAGGCUGCUAUUGUGAUGGAACGGUCUAAUAAGAGAUGAACUGCAUAUUAUAUUGUCCCUAGUACGAGAAUACAAAGCUGGAGAAAGGAAAGAAAGAAGUAAACAAACCAGCUACCUAACACAUCUAUAUCAUCCUGUCAGGCGAAUCCCGUUGCCCUACUACUUAGCCCUAACGACCCGAUUGGGACAGGGUCCGAAUCCGCGCCGUCACAGCUAUAGCAUCUUAUACACCGAUCUCAAUUAGGGAAUUGAGCAGGUAGUAUAAAAGGGCUAGACGCCAGCAGAUUAGUGUUCUUGAAGGGUUGGAUAGGCUUCAAUAUGAGAACAAGAAAGCUUCAACAACGCGAAAAUCGUAUGUUACGCGAAGGUCUACAGAUUAAAGGGGUGCGAAGCAGGCGGAGCAAGCCCUGGAUGAUCCAAUUUUGGCAAACAGUCAGGGGUGCCAGACUCCACUGUUCGACUUUCUCCUGAAAAUCCAGUCAAGACCCGUAGAGAUCACUCUCGCGCUGCGUCGCUGCCAAUCACGCGGCCAGUAAAAGUAGGACGUUAGAAAGGAAGGAAUAAUCCUUGCAAGCCGCUGUAGAGGAUGUCACAAUACCGUUUUAUCAGGCAAACCGGAUCGCCUUGUUCCGUUUGGCCGUGGGGUCGUUGCAAAUCCAAAGCCACAGCCAUGGUUUCAGGACGUAUCGGGGAAUGGGACAGGGAGACCCAGAUGAUGCAUCUUUUUCCUACCCAGCUUGCCUUUAGGAGGAGGCGCCAACAGCCCAUCCCAGCCGAGGCUUAGCGAUACCUCGGCCGGUUGGCCAACUCAGAAACUGAAGUGCGUCUAUUAGGCCACCCACCCUAAGAUGAAUACACCACACCAGCUGACGAGACGCCAGCGAAAUGAUUGAGGCGAGGGUGGUGUGCCAGGCAAACCAUCGACUGUCUAGACUAGAACCAAGAAUGGAGAGCGUCCACGCCGUGGAUGCAGGCUAAGAAAACAUGCUGAAACAAGCCCGAAUCCAGUGAUCCGGCUAUGCCGCCGUCCGCGUAAUUUGUGGCCCGCUCCUCUGCAAGGGGCUGGCAGAAUGGGAAAGGGGAAAGGUAGAGAAAGGCCCUGGGCGUCGCAAUCAUCGUCUCUCUCACAGAGCUAGUCCCUUGAACGAGUGUGGGCUGGCGAGGUUGAGUGCGGAGCCAUAGCGUCCAGCAUGACAGGACGGGCGCGGGUAAGCAGUCCAAGGUGAACGCGCGAGCAUGAGUGAAAGGAAAGCAGAUGGAGGCUGCGUGUCGAGCGGCUGGCGGCGGAACUUUCCAUGCCAGGUCUAGCGCAGAGCACCACACCCGAUCGGGCGGCGCUAAACCGCAACAGGAAGGUCACCCCAAACGGCGGCGCGCUGGCAAAUGCGAAGCGUGUGUUCACGAGUUAACGUUAGUUAAUAAUGAAAAGCCAAGGCGAGAAUCUUCCCACGUUGGGCGCGUGCAAGCCUCAAUAUUUCUCUUGACGCGAAACCCAGCCGACGGGAGUGGAUGGGAUUUCGACCCUUCCCAAUGGAUUACCCAGAGACACAAUAUGGACACCCAAUGGAUUCUGGCAUUGAAUGGCUUGAAGAACAGGGCAAUCCCUGAGCUUCCUCUGCCCAGAGCAUGCCUAGAGUAGGCUCAACUCCCCAUGAAGAUUUAAAACCAUUCCGCUUCAGGUACCUAACCCAAACCAAGCCUCGGAAACUUUUCUUGCUUUGAUUUAUUCUCUUGCCGUUGAGACUUCUGCAAGAAGUAACUUGGUCUAUGCGAGGCGGUCUCCCAAACCAUUUGUUUACAGAAUGGUGUAUCUGGUUUUAUACCUUUUCGCGCAUCCAGGCCUAGGACCUGUUUCAAGCAUUCCCUUAGCAUCUUCAGACAAAAGAUCAAAGCUUCUCCGUUACCUGAUCUUCGAGACUUCAUUAAAGCAAAAUGCAAAAUGCGGACUCCUCGCCUCACUCCUAUCAAAGUCAAGCACCAUGUAGCUUUCGCUUUGAUGGUGUCUAGUCAAAGAUAGAAUCAGGCAUGCUUGAGUGUUCAUUCAAUCAUCACUAUAAACUCCCAGGCUCUUUUCCCCACUUCACACCUCUGAGGAGAAGCUAUAUAGAGCAGUGCACCCUGCGUGACAGCUUUUUUCCUUUAAUUUUUGAAUUCCCUCUUCCAUGCCCUUCAGUAUGGAUAGCAAGACAUAGAGUAGAGCAGUUCUUGUAGAACUGCUCCAUUCCUCCAUACCUCUCAUCCCCUUGUUAUUCCUUUUUGUCUCUGCUUGCCUUCAAAAAUAUCCGCCAAGCGCAACGCGACUCCUGAAGCAUUGGC